AAAUGUUGAGUCAAGCAAUUGACGGUAUAUUAUUUUUAUUAUCCUUUUUAGUCCCUGCCAAAUUCAACCUGAAAAAUGAAAGCCGUGUUAAAAAUUCUCUAUCACGUUGUUCUGCUAGAACAAAUUCAAUCGAAUUAGUUUAUCAAUCAAGCUCUCCAACUACGGAUGAGUCAAACGGAUCUAUAGAAACUUUGUACGGAUCCGUAAAUUCUCAGGGGUCGUUGUACUUGUCUAUUUGUGGCAGUGAUAGUGCAAGGGAAUCAAUGUACGAGGCUGUAGAAGGAGAAUACCUUGCUGAAGUUGAACAAAUUAAAUUUUUUGAAAACAUCAAACCCCGUUCUAAACUUACCAAGUAUAACAACUCGAAGCUCGAUCAUUACCAGAAUUUUCUGCAGCUAACACGUAACCCAGGAGUCCCGUUCAAAACAAUUUCGCCUCUCAGCUUUCAAAAACUAGAAACAGAGUUUGUUGAAAUGCAUCUUGAUUUUGAUAAAAUUUCCAUAGAUUCAAUGAACUGUGCGAUAUUAAGUAACGAUAGUUUGCCUUCUAUUAGCGAUAUCGAUUUGAAAUGUCUUGAUGUUUUAAACUCUGAAGAAAGUCUGAUGAACGUCUUGAAUGAAAUUCCAAAAAUCCAUGUGACAGAAGACACUGUCGAUAAUAGCUCGGAAGCUAAAAAAUGUUUGCAAACUUCUGUUGAAAACUACAGUGAUCUCAGCUUUGAUAAUAUUGUUGAGAACAGCCAACAAAUUAAUUUGGUUCCGCGUGAACCUCAAUCGUCGCAAAUCAUAAUAGAUACGCAGUCAUGCAAAAGUGGAAACAAGUUUCUCCAAGAAAAGGCUGAAGAGUUACCUGAACAUGGGACAACUAUAACUCAAGGGCCCAUUAAGCAGAGUAGUUCAUUCCGAAAGAAUUGUAAACGUAAAGUAACACUUGAGGGGCUGAGUAAUCGCAAUCGAAAACGAGAAAAAAUGUGGAAACCUUAGUUUGGGGAACUGAGUCUGAGAAGAUUUACUGGUCUCUCCAGAAAAAGCAAGCAAAAUGUGCCCUGUAGGCGUACAAGACUGAGGGAAUAUGAUGACUUUUCACAACACACAAGGGUAGCAGGCCUCUGAUUAAAUAUUA